AUGACUCUUUCGGCUGCUCAAAUGAGUCUCUGUUUUCAAUCCUAUUGGUACAUGUGGUUAACAAAUGGCCUAUCGGGAUUACUUUUUAUGGGUAUUGAUAUUGGUAUUGCUGCAUUUUUUAUGGCUAAAUUCAGUAAGAAAAAGCCAUCGAAGUAUCAACGUCCACCAAGUGUUAAUAAUCGACCAAUUAGUCCCAAUGAAAUUAAUACUUUCGAAAAUUCUGAAAGAAAUACUACUAGUAGAAGAUCUAACAUACGUUCUUCUUCAGCUAAAUUAGAUAAUUCUGGUUCAACGGAAGAUAGUGAUGAUUUUGCUCAUGCAACAUGUGAAAUAAUAAAUUUAUUUCGUCAACAAUAUGAUGCUCCACCAGUAGAAUUGGAUGACACACUAUCGGAUAUUGCACAAGAUUGGGCUAAUCAAAUGGCUGAAACUGGUAAAUUAGAACAUAGACCACUUGAAUAUCGUAAUUUUGGACGACAAUCACUCGGUGAAAAUUAUGCAGCACAAUUUCAAAUUGAAUUAACAGCUAAUAAAAUGGUACGAAAAUGGAUGAAAGAAGGACGUAAAUAUAGAUUCGGCACGGAUGGACGUAGAGAUACAAAUAAUUUUACACAAUUAGUUUGGCAAGGAUCUCGACAGAUUGGUGUUGGUCGAACUCGAUCUGCAGAUGGAAAUUGGUGGUAUGGUGUUGUUGUAUUUGAUCCACCUGGUAACAUUCCAAAUCAAUAUGCGGAUAAUGUAAAUUUUCCAAGUUCAUAA